GGCGGGCGGCGGCGGCUGGAGCAGCGGCGCGGCAUGGGACGGAGCGCGGCGGCAGGCUUGAAACAACUUCUGGUGAUUCUGAGCCGAAAUUACUUGACCUAUGGGACAACUUGCUCAUAAGGAUACAGUAACUACAGAGAAAGCCACCUGAGUGUGCUAGCAAGUUAUGAAACAGUUUGUCUUCUCAAAUUUGUAAACAGAAAGGAUAUUCUCAGCCCCUUUUUUUUUGAAUGGGUGCUGCAGCUCCUCUGCUUCUGUAGUGGGACAGAGAACUCUUUUGAGUAGGGGAAGAAGCUGGAAAGCAGGUUGUGAACCAUGCCUUUGGUGAAAAGGAACAUUGAACCGCGGCAUCUCUGCCGAGGAGCUCUGCCAGAGGGAAUUACUAGUGAACUGGAAUGUGUAACAAAUAGCACCCUUGCUGCUAUCAUACGCCAGCUAAGCAGCUUGAGCAAACAUGCCGAAGACAUAUUUGGUGAGUUGUUUAAUGAGGCCAACAGCUUCUACAUCAGAGCAAAUUCUCUUCAAGACAGAAUCGAUCGCCUUGCUGUCAAAGUUACCCAGCUGGAUUCAACAGUAGAAGAGGUAUCGUUACAGGAUAUCAACAUGAAAAAAGCAUUCAAGAGCUCCACAAUUCAAGAUCAGCAGGUAGUUUCAAAGAACAGCAUUCCUAACCCAGUAGCUGAUAUUUAUAAUCAGAGUGACAAGCCACCACCUCUGAAUAUUCUUUCACCUUAUAGGGAUGAUAAGAAAGAUGGGUUGAAGUUCUAUACUGAUCCUUCCUAUUUUUUUGAUCUUUGGAAAGAAAAAAUGUUACAAGAUACUGAAGAUAAGCGAAAAGAAAAGAGGAGACAAAAGAGGGAGAAACACAAGCUGAAUCCAAACAGAAACCAGCAAAUUAAUGUGAGAAAAGUAAGAACAAGAAAAGAAGAGUGGGAGAGAAGGAAAAUGGGCAUUGAGUUCAUGAGUGACGCAAAGAAAAUGGAACAGGCAGGAAGCAUGAAAGAGGACAAAAUGCCCAAAGGGUCCCAUGCAUCUGAUGUUACAGAUUAUUCUUAUCCUGCUACUCCGAAUCAUUCCCUCCAUCAGCAGAUAGCAAUGCCUUCAUACGGAACAGGAGAUGGUCCACAGUACAUGGCAGCACCCCAAAGCCAUGAGCAUGAAUACAGACCACCUUCCACCACAGUACGACAUGCUACUUUAAACAGACCUCAGCAGCCACCUCCGCCUCCACCCCAGCCUUCAGAUGGCCAACAUAGCUCAGUACCUGUGGUACCAGCAGAAUAUGGGAUGCUUCCAGCUCAGAUGGUGGAUUAUUACAAUCCUACAGGUCCCCCCCCUCCUCCUCCUCCCCCUAUGAUUCCUUCAGCACAAACUGCGUUUGUUAGUCCCCUUCAGCUUCCCGUGCCACCUUCCCAUCCCGGACUGGUGACUGGCUCUCCGUACGCAGCUGCCCAUCAUCCUUCUCCUAGCGGUCUCGCCGUGACUGCCCCUCCACCCCCCGGGCCGCCGCCCCCGCCGCCGGGCCCCCCGGCCGCCGGCCCGCCCGUGUCCGUGUCCGUGUCCGCCUCGCCGCUGCACGCCGCGCCCGCCGCCGAGCCCAAGCGGCAGGAGCCCGGCCGCCCGCCCGGCAGCGACGCGCGGAGCGACCUGCUGGCGGCCAUCCGCAUGGGAAUUCAGCUGAAGAAGGUGCAGGAGCAACGGGAGCAAGAAGCCAAGCGAGAGCCUGUCGGCAACGACGUGGCCACCAUCCUGUCGCGCCGCAUUGCUGUGGAGUACAGCGACUCCGACGACGACUCCGAGUUCGACGAGAACGACUGGUCAGACUGAACCUGCUCCGAGCCCGGCGGCACGUUCCUCCCCUGUUUGGCUUCAGUGUAAAGCAGGACGCUGGACACGUGUUUGGGCUAGUGAUGGAAGUGCUGAGAUGGAAUUGGUAUUGCUCAGAACGCUGUAGCUUAGCAACUCUGGUACUAAUGAUGUGAUUAUGCUUAUGCAGAUCAGAAACUUGUCUUACUUUCAGUAUUUUACCGCAUAAGACUUAAGUGCCACUAAAUGUAGCAAAUCAUGUGCUGCCUGCAAAAUAUGCUGCAGUUGUUGCACUGUUACAGAACCAGCAUUUUGUUUUGCUUUCCUGAUCUUGAAGGGAUAAAAUAUAUUUUUUUGACUUUACAUCUUACACUUUUAGUUACAUGGGCUCCUUGGGGUACUUGUGAAUUGCUCUGGCUGUUAGUCUUUGAAGGCAGUCAACUCUAGGACUGAGUGAAGCGUUGAGUUCCAUAACUAUGACUUGUAGCUUUUUUGUUAGUUACUAACUAUGCCCAUCUCAGUGUAUUUUUAAUCACUCCUGGGCUUAGGGUUGGGUUUUUUUUUUUGUACAGAGUUGAUUUUCUAUAAUGUUUGUUUUUAGCUUAACAAAUGUAGCAGGUGAUGAAACGUACGCUUUGAAGAAUGAAUCCACACGAUCCCAAAGGCACGUUUUGUGGGCAGCUUGGCUAAGUUUGUGACAGUACCAGCUCUAGGCUGCUGGCUGCUUGUUGGGCAAAGUGCUGGAUGUGGGGGUCUCAGGUAGGUAGCAGAUGCACGUCCGUGUCACAAGUGAAGGUUAAAAUAGCUGUUAGAGCUCUUCGGUUUUCCCAUACACACCAACUAGCUGCAAAGCCUUCAGGAUGGACCCGAGAGAAGCCAUAUGGUUGUUGCAGCAUCGAAAUGUUACUUUGGUGUUCGUACAGAUCGGAACAGUCCAGGUCUAGCAAUCAGAUACAUUUCACAAGUAUUAAGCUGGUCUUUAUGCCUGUAGGUGUAAGUGUUUGUAAGUAAGUUUGGUUGUGGUUGAUUUGUACAUAUAUAGUCAUGACAGAUCAUGUUCUGCUCCCUGUAGCCCAUUUACUAGAAACUUGUAUUACUUUGAAUGUGGUUUUUUUCCCAGUACAUCCCAUCAAUAAAACAUUGGCAGUUAAAGCAGUUUUAUGGCUGUUUAGGUACUAUGCCAUGCAUACACACACUUGUUUUCUCCUUCCCAGCAACAGUUGCUGCCAUACAGUCUGCUUUGGCUGUCUCUGUCUUCUUUCAAAAGAAUUCCUUUUUUUCAUAGUAUUGAAACAGUUUUGGGUUUGGUUCUUUUUUCUCUCCUGGAUAGACAGUCAGGCUGCUGCUUUGCCUAACGAGGCUUUUAAAAAUGUAUUCAUAGCAGGGGAAGAGUUCUUUCCUUACCAGGUGACAGUUUUAAUCUUUGUAACUAAAGUCUCUGUAAUUCCAGGUUUAACAUUUGGUAAAGCUCCUUUUGUCCUGUGAGGCCCUGUCUGUUCUUAAAGUACAUCAAAUAAAGAGAAAUGGAAGGCAAUUUUCUAACCUGUGUUUACACAAGAAACAGUUUUAGUCCCGAGAAUGUAACAGUGUAAGAAGGCGAUUGCAUGCAAACAGUUGGCUACUGCAUUGCUGUUUAAUCUGCAUAUGAUCUUUCCACCUGUGGUGGCUGUCUUUAUGUGAGGCUGGUGACAUGCUGCCUUCAUGUUGAUGUUGGAAUUGAUCACAUCAAGUACAACCAAUCUCUGCACAAUGGUGAGCAACUACAGCUCUUGGAGACCAGUGGCAGCUUUGGCUUCAGCUGGAGCUACUUUUGCCUUAAAUGCAGAGCUGAAGUCUGCUUUGGCUUGUGCCCUGGAGUCUGCAGGCUGCUGUGUCCACCACAGGGGACAAUAUAUAGGCUGUAGCCUGAUGGUGGUUUUCAUCCCUCGCUGAGAGAGCGUUUGUGCUGCUUAGGGCGGGUGGGCAAGUGCAAGUGGGACAGCCCUGUCCAGGUGGGGAGAUUAUUCUCAGUGUUCUUUUAGCACACACUGAAGUGAAAUAUCUCAGCGGGAAAUUCUUUCCAAUCUACUGAAACUUCACAUGGCCGAAGAUAUAUUUUAGAAGCACAGAAGCUGGGUGUGUCUGAACCUUUGUAGUUUGUGGUAAUUUUAAAUAUCAAGCAUUAAGCAAGCCAUGGGUUGUGGCCAGUUAAGGUGGUGUGUAGAUUUUUCAGUCCUAGUAGCCAACCUGUUUUUCUCAACCUCCAACGUUGUUGUUUUCCUUUUGGUAUUUUUAUUAUUAAUAGAAUGUGACUUGACUUUAGUGAUGUAAACUAACAUUAUUC